AUGAAGAUCGUGUAUAGAGCGAUGCGGUUACUAGUCUUGGUUGUUGUGUUCAGAAACGUCCUGUGUAAAGAUGAAUUUCUUAAUCAAAAUAAUGUGUAUAUGAAAGAACUGACAUCCAAUGAAGGACAAGGGUCAGCCAUCAACAGUUACAACUCUAACGUCAUUCCGAACAAUGCUAACAGUCAGUCAAUAAGUUCGCCCGAAGCAGAGGAGGAAGAAGCAAGUAAGCAAAGCGAAAAUGUAAAUUUACACGAUAGUGAUUAUGGGGCCAGUAACCAAUACGCAGGCGUAAAAUACUCACGUAGUCAAGAAGAAGAAGAAAGUCUUGUACCAAUCACCGACUCUACGCACACUCAUCAAAUAGGAGCCGUAAUAGAACAAGAUGACGUACCGAAUGAAAAUAGAGAGGCUAGUGAUUCUGAUGUAGCAGCGAUUUUACUUAGUAGCAGUAAUGCUGGCAUCCUACACGACCAUGGUCAAAGCGGCCUCUCGGUACCACCACCCCCACCACCACCCUUAAAUGCUCUGCCUUCUAGCUCAUAUGGUGCUCCUUCAAGUUUCUCCCCUAGUAGUUUCCCAUCUGGCUCUCUACCUUCGGCCUCAUUCUCUGGAAAUGGAUUAAUUCAUGGUGACCUUGCAGCUGAGUCUCUUGAAAGUCACGGUGCUGGUUUCGGUGCCACUGGAGAUUCUGGGGCCAUUCUUAGUGCAGCGAGUUUGCCGGGAGCAUCUGCAAUUGGUGCUCCCUUAGGAGGACCUCUAUUGGGACCCUCAGGCGGAUCUUUUGGUGGACCUUUGGGAGGACCCCUUUCCGGAUCCUUCGUGGGUGGUGACGCCCCACCUCCGGGAGCUAGAGCUCCAGUCAUUAACGAGAUUCACGGCCUCGCUAACAGCAACGGAGCCCCGACACAGUACCGCGUGCGCGAUGAACCCUACCAGGUCCUGCGUGAAGUAACGCACAGAGUACCCCAGCCUGUGCCCGUUCCCGUUGUUCAGAAUGUCCAGGUACCAGUGCCCCAACCUUACCCUGUCCAAGUGCCCGUCGUCAGGAACGUACCAGUCCCAGUUGUCAAGAUCCAACACGUCAAAGUUGACAGGCCCGUGCCGUACCCAGUUGAGAAAAUCGUCAAGGUACCAGUAGAGAGAGUUGUAGAGGUUCCGGUAGACCACCCCGUGCCCGUUGAGAGGGUCGUCGAAGUUCCCAUUGUGAAGCUGGUGAAAGUACCGGUGCAUGUUGUGAAGACCUACCCCGUGCCAGUGGUAAAAACUGUCCACCACAAGGCACACAUUAGCCACCAUCAUGAACACGGACAUGGCCAUGGCUGGUCUCUCUGG